CCCCGCCUCUCCGCGACGCAGUUGGAGGUUUGCAUUUGAGACCUCGAGCAGUUCAGGUCUUCUGGCAGGUGACUGGGUCCGGGAUGGCUUCGGACUCCGCGGACCGCGGGACCGCCUGCACGCUGGAGUUCGCGGUGCAGAUGACUUGUGAGAGCUGCGUGGACGCGGUGCGCACGUCCCUACAAGGGGUGGCAGGUGUCCAGAGUGUGGAGGUUCAGUUGGAGAACCAGAUGGUCCUGGUGCAGACCACCCUGCCCAGCCAGGAGGUGCAGGCCCUUUUAGAAGGCACAGGGCGGCAGGCGGUGCUCAAGGGCAUGGGCAGUGGCCUAUUGCAGAAUCUGGGGGCAGCAGUUGCCAUUCUGGAGGGGCCUGGCCCUGUGCAAGGGGUGGUGCGCUUCCUACAGCUGACCCCUGAGCGCUGCCUCAUCGAGGGGACCAUUGAUGGCCUGGAGCCUGGGCCGCACGGACUCCACGUCCAUCAGUUUGGGGACCUCACAGGGAACUGCAGCAGCUGUGGAGACCACUUUAACCCUGAUGGAGCAUCUCAUGGGGGCCCCGAGGACUCUGACCGGUCUGUUCGACGUCUGUCUCCCCACCAUGCUUCGAGCUCCUUGAGGCACCGAGGAGACCUGGGGAAUGUCUGCGCUGACACUGAUGGCCGAGCUGUCUUCAGGAUAGAGGAUGAGCAGCUGAAGGUGUGGGAUGUGAUUGGCCGAAGCCUGGUCAUCGAUGAGGGAGAAGACGACCUGGGCCGGGGUGGCCAUCCCUUAUCCAAGGUCACAGGGAACUCAGGAGAGAGAACCCCAAGCAGAUCUGCUCUUGCGACGGCCUCACCAUCUGGGAGGAGCGACACCGGCCCAUCGCUGGUGAGGGACGAGGGGAGCCGGCCAAGUCCCUUGCCCACCUCUGAGCACGGCCUCAGCCUCGGACGUGUGACUGUUCUCCCAGCUGAGCACCUACACUUGCAGAGAGUGGGCAGGGAGGCCCUGCUUGCCCAGUCCCAGGAGAACUCGGGUACAGGGUGUGGGGUUGCUGUGAUGGCCCCUUGGCAAAUUAAAGUUUUAUUUUCAUACAGAACGUUGGCUUUUGUCCAUGUCCCCACAACGUCCCUUUAUGGCCUUGGUGAACACAGUUCCCCUACCUGUCUCCUCCCUUUGAGGACCACCUCCUAGCUUCGGAGCCAAGCAAAACUGGAUUCAGAUCCACACGCUUCC